AAAGUCAACUGGCAGCGAGACGGUCGGAUGUGAUGUGAUAAAAUGGAUUAUAUUGCUGUCUAACGGUAGCUACUAACGCAUUUUGUCGAAACGAUAAUUAACACCACGAACAACUUAGCGACACACACUUUUUCCGGUAAGUUUAAUAUUACGUUGCUUUCAAAUAUGACAGCAGAUUGCAGCGCCUGGAUAUAGCUGGUUGGCUUGAUGUUAACGAUAACUAGCAUGCUAACCUGGCUUGCACGUUAGCUUAGUCGUUUGUUUUGCUUAUCGGUAGACUAAUUUACGCUCUUAAUACGUUGGAUAAAGCGAGAAAAACUUUGAACUAAUCAGAUAUCCUAAGCCAUGGUGAAGGAACGGGUCCAGAAGAAGUCCUUCCAGCAGAGCCUGGAGGACAUAAAGGAAAGGAUGAAGGAAAAGAGGAACAAACGGCUGGAUAAUGCUUCGGCUCCCAGCAGAGGACGGUCCAAAAUAAUAAACAAGAGCAGUGUGGUUAACUCCGCAAACACCAUCCUGAAGGGCGUCCAGCAGAACAACAAGGCACUGGCUGUAGCCCUCCAAGCUGAAAAGGAAAGAGUGAGACAGGGCAAUGCAGUGAUCCUGCAGCUGAAAAGGGAGCAACAGGCCUUGUUCCUUCACCUACUGCUGCUGAAGAAGAAGCUCAAAGAGCAGGAAGCUCUGGCACUGAGUGCUUCAGAGAUUAAACCCCAAAACAUCCUUGAUGAACCCAAAAACCAUGUGGAGCAGACAGGGAGAAGGCAAACAAGUCGGAACCUUGAUGGGCCCACUGUGUGCACAGCCUCACCAAUUUCUGCAGACCCUCUGCACCCUGAAAAGAAUGCACAAUCUGACAAGCAGGUUGUGUUGCCAUCUACAGUGGGUGUGAGGCGUCGCCAUGCAGAUAGAAGAAGCAGGAGGAGAUCUGAGCGAUUUUUGAGUCAGGGGGAUCAAAUCGCAGACUUGGGUGCUGUAAUAGCAAGUCCUAUUCUCAGUGACGGUGCAAAUAUGAAUCAGCCACAGCCAGGAGCAGAACCAGAUUUUAUGGAGCCUGUUUUCACUGAAGAGUUUCAGCACUCUACUCCUGAACCUGUCCCACCCAAAAACAACAACAACAACAACAACCAGCAGCGACCCAGCAGGAAAAAGGCUCAACAACAACCCCGAGCCAAACCAGAACCUGCUGCAGCGAAAGCGGAGAGAGGCCGCAAACCAGACCGUGCCCCGUUGAAGAAACCUUGGGAGAAUCCUAAACCCAGAGCUCGGUCCAAGAGUCGGGAUCGGUCAGCCACACGAGCCAAAACAGCACCUUUAUCACAGGGAAAUAAGCUCAACACCUCCCUUGGAUUUAAUGACACGUUUGACUUUGACUGUGAAGGGACGGUUCAUGUCACACCGUUCAAAGGCAAGGCAGAGGACAACCAGCCGUCCACGGCCAUCAGUGAGGAGGCUCCACACACUGAAGCUAAACCUGUGGUUUCCAAACAAAAUGACUCCAGCUCGACUUCAUCAUCUUCGGAAUCAGAGGAUAGCCUUUAUGUCCCUCAGAAGAGCAGACGGAGACAGACUUCGCCUAAAAAGACCAGAGUGGUCACGGCUCGUAGAGGCCGGCCCCCUAAAGUCAACAAUCAAAAAGAAAACAUUGAUCCAAAACAGGAGAUCUCUGUCUUUAGGGAUGAGGAAUCAAGACCUAAGGCUGUAGAGCCUGAAAAGGAAGAAGCUCAACAGUCCCCUGAUUCUAGCUUUUCCAACAGCCCUGACCCAGCGCUGUUAGGACAGGAGAAUCACCAAGAGCAUCAAAGAGGAGUCACUGAGAAGGAUUGUUUGCUGCCUGUCAGCCCUCUAGUCGAAGUGGAGAUGAUGAGAAUAGACAACGUACUGUCCAAUUUUGGAGAUGCCUCCAAUGACACCCCUCCUGUUUUACCCCACCAAACACCCCAGAGGGUCAAGACGUGCAAGAAACCCUAUCGGAAGUUCUCCUGUGGUGGCUCGCGGCCCUCCGAUGCCCGGUGCUCAACCCCUGUUCCUGCCCGCAAGCGGCGCAGCACCAUAGUGGUAGACUACAAGGAACCCACGCUUAAUGCGAAACUUCGGCGCGGAGACAAAUUCACAGACCUGCAGUUCCUCCGCUCUCCUAUUUUCAAGCAGAAGCCUGGUAGGAGUUCUGUGCGGAAAUCAAGGAGUUCCAUGAGCAGCCAGCAGCCGUUUGAGAAAUACAAUGAGUCAUUUGUUGGAUGUCAUUGAAGGCAGCUACCUUGUUUAAUUUCAUCUGACAUCGUCAGUUUUUACGAGUUUUCUCUUGAUGAGUGAUCUUUUUUUUUUUUUUUAUACCCACAGCUCUUUAUGUGAUGAAUAAAAACAGUGAUCAGUUUUAGAUGUUAUUUUUGUGACUUUGUUCUUUCUUGUUUCUUGCAGUAUUAUUUCCAGCUAAAUAUAAUAUUGGCUGUUUAAUGAAAAUGGCCAGAUUUUCCAGUUCUAUAUGUCAUCAACCUACUGUAUGUUUUUAUUAUGAGAUCCUGAAUUAGUAAAUAUUUUCAUUUAUAAAUGUGUAUAUUUCUUAAGUCAUAUAUGGUCCUGUACGAUGUGACAAUAAAUGUUAUUUUAAUUCUGUA